UGCGUGACUUUUUCUCAGCUUUUCCGCCAAAUCUAUCGAACACAUGACGAACCACUUGACGUCGGCAUCGUCACAACACGAAGUAACAUGAUAAGCCUUCCUCCCCCGUCGUCUCCAGCUGCGUCGCCCAGUGCUUCAUCCUUGGCCAUGGAAACUCAGUUAAAAAUCUGGAAUAUUUUCUGCGACAGUACUGCCGAACCUAUUUUGAGGAAAGCAAGAUUGGCUCAUGUUCAUGAAAACGUUGGCAUUAUCGUCACAAUUGAUGACGAUGUGUUUUUACUGUCUCGGGACACCAGCGACAGCGAGGGUUCAUCCCUCAACGUGAUUAAGGUUCCUGAACUUUGUGGGGUAAGGGUCAAAGAAUUCAUUAUGGAGACUAAAUACAUGUGUAUCGUGACGAAGGCUGGAGACCUGUAUUCUUGGUCCCGGUACAGAAUCGGUGGCGGUCCAAAGGAUCGUCCGCGACUCAAAUUGGGCAGUCUGCAUCGACGCCGUGUCUCCAUGGCCGUGGUGUCGCCAGGGGCUAAAAUUGGACUGGCUCUCACUGAUGACGGCCAGGUUCAUCAGUGGGGAUGCGGGAAAAAAGACCCGUUUUUAAUCGAAAAGGACCCCCAGCGAGAAAGAAUCACCUCAUUGGCGUGCAUUGAUUUGAUAUGCUUAGCGUUAACGAAAACUGGCGAGAUAUAUUACUGGAAAAUAGAGAAUCCCCUUGGAAAACCGGAAAAAAUGGAGUCUGACCUUACACCCUUUAAAAAGAUAACGACGAGCAAAAGUGUGAUUAUUGGCUUGACGGUUCAAAAGACGGCUCAUUUACUGGAUAUUUCGGCAGAUACUCCGGUUUGGUCACCCGUGCUCAUUUUUGGUGUUGGCGAUAUCGCUUCGCAUUUUACGGAGGAAUUUUGCUUAUUUGAAGUAGCAGAUAAGAUUCGACUUGGAAAAAUGUUCGGGACCAAUGGAUGGAUGUGCUCGUUUCCUUCGAGUACUGGCGUCGACGAAAUCUUUGCAAAAACUUUUCAGAAAUCGCACCGUUCCAUUAAGCCUAGAAUAGAAAUGGUGGGUCCUCGUGAGUCUGGUCACUCCUUGUGCGAGGAUAUUGCUCGUCUGUGGGAUGCGAAUGACGCGGACGUUAUAUUUUCCGUGGAAUGUAAAGAUAUUGGUGCCCAUCGUGUCAUUCUCAAGUGUCGGAGUACCCAUUUUGCAAAGAUGCUUGAAAACGAAUGGAAAGAAAAAAAAGAAUCGCGCAUUGUCAUCCCGGAUACAAAAUACUGCGUGUUUGAGGCGUUGUUGUACUUUAUUUACCACGCGAAACUCAACCUUCCUUCUGAUCAGUACGAGAAUAUUUUUGAUCUGAUGAAGUUGGCCGACUGUUACUGUGAGCUUUCCCUUCGUCAAGAAUGUGAAGCAAUUCUGAUCCAGAACAUUAACGCUGAGAACGCCUUCUUUCUUUUCCAAAAUGCUUCCCAAGCUAGCGCUGAUGAACUAGAAGAUCAGGCCUUCAAAUUUAUCGUCGAUAAUCGAUCCACACUGCUUGACAAUAUUUCAUCAAGUGCCGAUUUGGAAAAUAUGCUUGGAGCACAAGCCCUCAGUAAAAUGGUCAUGGGACUGCUGCGCCGAUACCGAUGAUGAAGAUUAAUGAACUACAUUCCCAUACAUAGUUGAUAGAAUUUGCCAUUUUAUUUGCUAUUAUACUUUAGUUUUAGUUUCAUAAAUUACAUAAUUCUAAAAGUAUGUUUUAAUGGAUGCUUUAAUUCUCCUCUGAUGAACUACACCUUCUAAAAAAUCUCUAAAAACUGUUUUACUGCUAUGACACAAAUAUUUAUUGUAUUUCUCUUUUUCGUUGAUUAAUAAUAAACGUUUCAGCUUUUGAAAGUUUUGAAAUGUGUCUAUCGAAA